AUGACCAAGCACUUAGGUGGCCGCUUAAAAACGCAAGAAACCGUGGUGAAGACCCAAGACGAGGCGCUCGGGCAGAAUAAAGCUUCCAUGUCGGCCAAAGUGCUAGAAUACUUGGACCAGCGAGCCCCGCCAGGCCCGGUUCGGCUACCAGAACCGUGCUUGGCACGGAGCGGCGAGAGGGGACACCGCCAAAAGGGGAGGUCGCGGCGCGCGCACAGCACACAGCAGAGAGGCCCGGGCCCGGGCGGGACGUGUCGGGGAGCCUGGAGGGGACCCCAGAGACGCGACCGUUACUUAGGGACCGAACACGGUGGGGUGCGGGAAAGCGCGGGCCGGGAGGACGGCGUGCCCUUCAGGGAGGGGCGCCAGAGGGGCAGCAGGGCCUUCUCCCCCCACACCCGCCCGAACCGGAGCCGCUCCGGGGAGGGAGGGAGGGAGAAGGGAAGGCGGGCGGGCGGGCGCGGGGCACGGGGAGGAGGGCCCGCGCGCGCCGCGGCCCCGGCUCCUGCCCGCAAAGGCUCCCGGGCGGCCGCCGCUGGCGUCGGGGGCGGGCCUGCUCCGGUGCUCGCAGAGCUUACCGGGGGCGCGAGGUUCCCGGUCCCCCCGGGCGUUGGCGACCCGGGCGCGGUGCUGGCGGUGACGGGCGGGUGGCGCGCGGCGGGACCGGGACGGCGGCGGCGGCGGCAAGGGGGGGAGGGGGACUGGCGGGCGCUGGCGCUCCCGCGGCGGCCGCUCCUCUCUGUUUGUGUUUGUAGCAAGAUGGCUGCCCGCCUCGUACCACGUGACACGGACGCGGGGCCGCCCCCUCCAACGCCACCGCGGCCGCGGCUCCCCCUGCCACCUCGCUCUCGGACUCCGACCCGCCCGCCGGGGUCCCCCCACCCGGCCGCGCUGCACCCCGCCGCCCACUCCCGGACACGUUGA